CGUUAAUCCCAGCCGAAGGGGUAUUGCUUUGAAUUGAAGACGUCAAUAGUGACUUUUGGACAAAAACAGUUACUGGCCUCUUUCUUCUAGUCUUCUGUCCCAGCCACACGGGCAGCCCCCGGAUCCAGGGGUCACCUACCUUCCUGGAUUGAAUGCCAGCGACUUCAUGUCAUGUUUCUCACGUAGUUAUCAAACCCCAACAUCAGCUGCCGCCGCCUCUCUCGUCAAAUCCCAUAUUCUUUCUCUCAAUUCACGUUGCACCCACUUCCCUUCUCCAUCGUACACGGCAGACCCACGGUAUGUCGGUAUCAAGAGGCCCCAAUCUUAUCUCCUGAUUUUUUGACUUGCCGAAACCCAGAUCCCAACAAGUAUCGUGUGAAAAGAAAAAGGGGAUUUUAAUCACGCCCCUUUAGAUUUUACCUUUAAUAAUCCGUGGAAUAUUCCCAUAUACCUUGCAUUUAUGGCUUUGCUGGUUUCUUUUUCGCUUCUUGGGUCGCCCUUCGGUUUCUCCAUCCUUCUUUCUUGCCUUACCUUUCCAGCCACCCGCUGAUCCGGAGUCUCUUUUUGAUUUUUCUCUCAUUCUUGUUUGAAUAAGUGUACUGGAUUGGCAGAGAUGAAUGUUGCCAAGUCUCAAGUGUGGCAGCCGUGUAAAAAGAAGAGGCUUUAGUAUAAAUAAAGAGAGAGGUGUUUUUAGAAAUAAUAAUAAGAAAAAUGGAUGGGAUUUGUAUUCAGUUCAUGUGAGUCAAGGCUUGAACCACCAAAACGAUUUUCAUAAACCCUGGGAUUAUAAACUAUAUAAGAACUGUGAUGAUGCCUUCAAAUUCAGCGAUGCCGUCAAAUUCAACAAGUAGUGGGGGUGGUAGAACAAGAGUGGGUAGGUAUGAGUUGGGCAGGACAUUGGGAGAGGGAACAUUUGCAAAGGUGAAGUUUGCUAGGAACUUAGAAACAGGGGACAAUGUGGCCAUCAAGAUUCUUGACAAAGAGAAGCUUCUUAAACACAGGAUGGUUGCUCAGAUUAAACGUGAGAUCUCAACCAUGAAGCUAGUUCGGCAUCCCAAUGUCAUACGAAUGUUUGAGGUCAUGGCAAGCAAGUCAAAAAUAUAUAUUGUUAUGGAAUUUGUUACUGGUGGUGAACUAUUUGACAAAAUUGCUAGUAAGGGGAGGCUCAAAGAAGAUGAAGCGAGGAAAUACUUUCAACAGUUGAUUAAUGCUGUAGAUUACUGCCAUAGCAGAGGUGUGUGCCACAGAGACCUUAAGCCAGAAAAUUUAUUGUUGGAUUCCAACGGAGUACUUAAAGUCUCUGAUUUUGGAUUGAGUGCACUUCCCCAACAAGUUCGGGAAGAUGGGUUACUGCAUACUACAUGUGGAACACCAAAUUAUGUUGCCCCUGAGGUGAUCAACAACAAGGGUUAUGAUGGAGCUAAGGCUGAUCUUUGGUCUUGCGGUGUAAUACUUUAUGUACUCAUGGCUGGUUAUUUACCAUUUGAAGACUCAAGCCUUAUAGUGUUAUACAAAAAGAUACACAAAGCUGAGUUCACAUGUCCACCAUGGUUCUCCUCAAGUGCAAGGAAAUUAAUCAAUAGAAUCAUGGAUCCCAAUCCUCAUACGAGAAUUACAAUUGCUGAGGUAAUCGAGAAUGACUGGUUUAAGAAAGGUUAUCAGCCACCAGUCUUCGAACAGGAAGACGUUAAUCUCGAUGAUGUCAAUGCCAUCUUUGAUGAAUCAGUUGACUCUCCUAAGCUAGUUGUGGAGAGACGGGAAGAGCUGCCUCCUGCACCACUUGCUAUGAAUGCUUUCGAGCUAAUUUCUAGAUCUCAGGGUCUCAAUCUUAGUUCUCUCUUCGAAAAGCAAGUGGGUCUUGUCAAAAGGGAAACAAGAUUUACUUCGAAACGUCCUGCUGCAGAGAUAAUUUCAAAAAUUGAAGAAACUGCAGUGCCUUUGGGUUUCAAUGUGAAGAAAAAUAAUCACAAGCUAAAGCUUCAUGGGGAGAAGACUGGGCGCAAAGGUCAUUUAUCCAUUGCAACAGAGAUUCUUGAAGUUACCCCUUUUCUUCACAUAGUAGAGCUUCGCAAGGCUGGAGGAGAUACCUUGGAAUUUCACAAGUUCUAUAAGAACCUCGCAACGGGGUUGAAAGACGUCAUCUGGAGAACAGAGGAAGCAACAACAGAAGUUGGUACAAGCAGUAGUUCAGCUUAAAUUGGUUGAUGCCUGCACUUGUAGAACAAAUGUGUUGUGCUGAAUUGUCUCAGAUACACCUUUUUUCUUUGGUUCUCUUGAAAUCCCCCCCCCCCCCCCCCCCCCCCCCCCAUCCUGAUUAUUGAUGACUACAAGUGAAACUGGGUAAAUUUCAACUCAUUUAGAACAUGCUGGGGAAGGAGUGUUUUUAUUUCCCGGGUUAAUAGAUGCAGCUGCCUAAUUGUGAAAUAUGUUGUAUUAUAUUCACAGGAAGAAGGGUUCUCACAAAAACAUUCCAUAAUAUAUAGUGUUAUGGAACAUUCUCUGUGAAACAUAUUUGUAGUAUAAUACGUGGCAUCAAACAUUCUGUUUUGCAUGAGGAAAAUA